AUGGUGAAUACCUCACCGCCUUCACAUAUUCUCCGCAGUAGAAAAUCCAAAUCCCCAGGGAAACAUGCUUCAAAGCCUUCUCCUCCAGAACCAGAACACGUGACAAAGAAGAACAGCAGCAGCAGAAUCUGGAACGAGGAAGAUGAGCUCACGGUGUUAAAAGGGUUAGUGGAUUAUCAAGCUCAGAAAGGAAUCGAACCCAGGAGUAACUGGGCUGACUUUUAUCGUUUUCUCGGAGGAGGCUCCAUCACGGGGAAAUUCUCAAAGGAACAGGUUUUGAGUAAGAUCCGCAAGCUGAAAGCUAAGCUCAUUGCUAGCAUGCAGAAAGGAAACACUAGCCAAUCUGAAGCCUUUCUACUUUCCAAAAGGAUAUGGGGCCUCCAAAAUGAAUCUGAUCAGUCUGCUAAUCACGCCAAGAGUGAUGAGGAAAUGGCUAAUCAUGAACCUUCGAAUAAUGAGGUAACAAAAGCUGACAACGACGAGUCAUCAUGGGCUGUGCGUGAUGCGUUCGAGACCAUGGUGUCCAAAGGCUUAAGUGAUUAUCAAAAGAAGUUGCAGCUUGAGAAGCUGAUGAACCUUGGAUCUGGUAAAAGAAGAGAGCUGAGCGAUGAGUGGAACGAGUUAUGUGCUGAAGAAGUUCAACUCAAUAUCAAGAGGCUUAAGUUUUCUGCUAUGCUUGCAGAGGCUGCUAAAUGGUAA